CCAAACCACUAAUGACCUCUGAUCAGAGUUUUUAGUAUGUAACAAAGAGGCGUUGUGUCCCACAGUUCAUAGGAAAAAAAAAGGAAAUGCACCUAAAAAGUCUACAUGGGCUCUUUUUUAAUUAUAAUAUGCUUUUGUGACAUAUUUUUCAUGCUGGAGAUUCAAAGCAAGUAUUUGUAGUCUGAUGUUCCACAUCCAUGUGUCUUUAUUCUUAACUAUCAAUUUACUCAAACAGAAGCAUAAUUUAAUAGAAAUAAAUUAAUGCUGCACCCAAAUCCAUAAUUAAACAUUGACACUGUAGAUUUGGGUCUGCAACCUGAGGCUCUGAAGCCGCAUAAAACUCUUUUAUUAUGUUAUUGUGGUUCUUUUGUUUAAAAAAGAAAAACAAAAAAAUCAAACAAUUUGACUUAUAGUGUGUUUGUAGUUUUGGUUAAUUAAGUCUUGUCAUUUAUGUCCCGAUUGAAACAUGUUUAUUAAACUGUUGGAGUGGUUUAUUACUAGAAUAUACUUAAAGCACGUAUUUGUAUCCUUGCUUCACAACGGUGUCUAGUUGCUGUUCAGAGGCUUAAUUCUUAAAGUAUUAAUAGAAUUUAAUUUACAUGUAUAGAUUUCCUUCCCCAAAAAGUGGACUCAACACUGAUGUUGUCAUGUUUGUAUUCGAUAGUCAAAAGGGGACACAGAAUAAAUGCACCAAAGUCAUAAUAAUGAAAAUUCAAUGUUUAACUUUCCUACAUUUUUAAUUCAAGAAAAUCUGCAGCAGCAGGAGGAUCUGAUUUGACACUGGAUGUCUUUUAUUUUGAAGGGAACUUGCAUGUGCUGCUGUCCAAAGUCAAAGAAGUCAACAUUUUUAUAGAAAAUCCUACCACUUUUAUGAUUUAAUUAUUGUAAAUAUUUAAAAGUUACAUUUUGUAAAUGAAUGGGUGCAAAAUAUAUAUUUUUUUAUUUUUCUAAAUUGGUAAAGUGGAACUUUGUGGCUGUCACUGGGCAUUGUCCUGUAAGAAGCUGGACGAAGUGGCUCUUUUAGUGUUAAAGGUGGCAGACUCCUGCCGUAGAUUUUAAACCGUUGUUUGUGGCAAUAAAUGAUAUCAUUUUUUACUAAUUUAGUCAACAACUUUUUUUACAUUGCCUUUUCUUUUUUUUUUUUUAAUUGAUGGUGCGUUCAUUUACUAUUUGUAAUAUUUAGAGGAAAAAUAGUUUUUGCCCUGUGGGCAAACGUUUUCUUGGAAGAUUAAAUCUGUAAUUAUCUUUUUUUCCUCAGGUGUGGUCCCAGUUGCUGAUAAAUCCGUAGAGUUGUCAGUCCUCUGACUGACAGACCAGAACUUCACACGGACAUGGAAAGUAGAGUAGUUGUGGGAAUGGAGAACACCAUCACUCCUCAAGAGCCUGCAGUGAAACCACCCAUCAUGGCCCGUGACAGACGGCAGGCCUGGGCUCAGAGCAGAGACUCCACUGGACAACGAUCAAAGUUGGAGCAACCUGACCGGCAGAAAGCGCCUCCCAUCCAGAAGAACGGGCAUACGGAGACGCCAUCUGAACAACCAGGACAAGUUCCCAACAAGAUUGCCACCUGGCUGAACGAAUGCACCUCCAAUGGAGCGUCUCUGGAUGAUCAGACUGCCUCUCCAAGCAGAGGAGCAUUAAAAAACGGCUGCAGCUUUGAAGAUGACCUUUCACUGGGAGCUGAAGCAAAUCAUCUUCAGAACAAAAAUAACACGGUUCAUUCUAGUUUUGAUGUGGCAAAUCACAAAAGGAAUCAGUACAAAACAAAGGGGAGCAUGAACUCUACGGGAUCAGGGAAGAGCAGCACAGUUUCCAGCAUCUCAGAGUUACUGGAACUUUAUGAAGAAGACCCUAUAAUUACCCUCCUAAAUCUGGGAUUUGGUCAAGAAGAACCCGACCUGUCUAUGAGGGUUCCCUCCAGGUUCCUCAGCAGCACUUCCUCAGCACGAGGCAUCGACACGAAGGUCUACCUGGCCGCACAGCAGCAGCGAAUGGAAAUGGAGAACCCUAACUACGCUCUUACAAGUCGUUUCCGUCAGAUUCAGGUCUUGACGACUGUUGCUAACGAAUUCUUCCAGCUUUACAGUCAGGUCUCUGGACAGCCAGUUCAACAAAUCAGCAUGCCAGAACAAGGUGGUGUGGGGAAAGAAUCAGUGGGAGGAUUCGAGGCUUCUCCUCUUCUGAAGAAGAAUAACUCGGCACAAGCCGCUGCCAAAGUGUUGCUCCGCAAGAUAAGCAAACCAAGUAUGCUCCUGAGUCCCAACAAACCUGAAGACGCUCAUUCAGCUUUACAGCCCAGACAGCAGACCCCCCCUAAUCAUACACUCACUAAUGGUCACACACGAAGCGCUCCAGCACAGGAGGGGAGAGUAUCUGUCCUCCCAACAGUUGAAGAGAAAACCGGCGGGAGUGAAGAGGCAGAUCAGCUGAUAGACACCAGCCCUGAACAGAGCAGUACAGCAGCAGAGCAUCAGCUGGAGUCUGCUAACCCUUCGUCAGCCCAGCACAGAGCAGACGUGGAAGAACCUCAACCGGCCUCGGAGGAGAACAGCUCCUCCUGUUCUCCAGAGGAAGAUCUCUCCACGCUGACGUCGCCUCCGCUGGCCAAACGGCCUUCAAACAACACAGAUUCUUUUGAAAUCGAGGAGAUUUCUGCUAAGGAGGAUGUGACACACAAACGCAACGAGCUGUCACGGUCAGAGAGUCAACAAUCUGACAGCAGUGGAUUUGUGGAAUUCAAAAAGGAACGUUCAGACAGCCGCGAUAGCGAGACCACUGUGACAUCUCAGCCUUCUCAAGACGUCACCACACCCCAUGCUCUGGACCAACCUGCUUUUGACUUGCCAAGUGGCAGAAAAGAUGCGGUCGAGUCUGCGGAUCCCAUAAAUCCAGAUGAAAGUAGCAGCUCUACACAAGAGGCUGCAGGUGACGCCACUUCAGAACUGGUUCUACAAAUCGGAGUGGAUCAACUCCUCACAAGCACAGUUGAUCCAGAGACCUCAGAAUUGGAAAAAACUGAAGCCGAAGGCAAUAGUGAUCCAAACACAGAAAUGGAUACUUCCCAGAGCAUGCCUGUGUUUGAAGAAGAACUACAGCAGGAAUUAGAACCUGCAGAGAAUCUGUCUGUUGGUUCACAAGAACAACACCACACAGAGAACUCUAUUGAGAAUGUGACGGACAACGAGCCAUCAACACCGAAAGCUGAUGAUGAGCCAAUUAUAGAGCCAAUAAAGUGUGAGAACCCGGGUCUGCUUCAUCAUGAGGGACCAAGCUCUCCUGUUUUCCGUGCCUUGACAAGAGCCAAACAGCGCCAGAACACCAUUGCCUCUCAAUCUGCAGCAUCAAGACGAGGAAGACGAGGGUUCCCUUUGCAGAGAUCCUCAUCCUUGCCUUCCUCCUUGAUCUCGCCUUCCAGAGUUGUGUCCUCUGUCAGAAUCCAGCUUGGACAUGACACAGCUUUUUGCAGUCCUCCCAGCUUCACCUACAAAUUUGUUCCAGAGGGCACAGAGGAAAAAGAAGUGCCAGAUAACGAGGAAGAGACGGAGAGUGGUCAACGUACAUGUGUGUCCACUCUUUAUAUAAAGCCUCCUUUCAAAACCCCGUCUGGACUCUCUCCGAAACGCCCCGGAUCCUCCUCUUCUCUAUGCAGCAUCAGUCCAUCUCCUGAUCAAGAAGACAGCACCCAGAGUGUCCCAAAGUGGUCCAGAUUGUCCCAGCAGGCUCCAAUCACCCACCCAAACCCACAAAGCAGAAGCCUAGGACCACCAUGGUUUCCGAUUCCAAGUCCUACUCCAGGAAGUAUCCCUUACUCCUCACCCAUAUUUCAUCAACAUCACCCCCCGUAUUAUAGCCCCCCUCACAGACUUAACCCCUUCCCCACAUUGGACCCUUACUCCAGUCAAGCUAGUCCCUCCAUACCAGCUACUUCCUCUCUGAGUCUUGACUCACGUUGUUAUUGCGACAGUCCUUUAGGUUAUAGAACUCCCCCCACACACCCUCAAAGCUACAACUACCCAUACAGGACUUUGCCUUUUGCUGUGAAUGCGUAUCCGCCGUUCUCCCGGUACCCAGCCUCGGAGCCCGGUUUACAUCAAAGUUUCACUCCACCCGCUGCUCCAGGACCCGGCUAUCACCCACCCAACACAGAGAUACAGCUCAGGCGGGUUCUUCAUGACAUCAGGGAAACCGUUCACCAACUGAGUCAGUCCAGGGUCAACUCUCCUGACCUGUUUGGUGAACAUAAAGCUGCUUAUGGCCAUCAGCCUUUGGAAGAAUUUCAGCAGAAGAGGCGGAGUCUUAAUGUGUUCCGCCGUCAGAUGAUGGACCUGGAGCUUUCGAUCAUGCGACAGCAAGCUCCGGUCUACAAUCACAUGAGUCCUGCUGACAGACUUGAGGCGGAGCAGCUUCAGUCUCUGAGGUCGGCGGUGCGAGAGGAACUCCAGGAACUUGAACAGCAGAUGGAGGACAGACUGAUGGAGCUGACUCAGCACUUGUGCCACAGAGUGAGUGGUCUUCACCGGGGUGACAGUGUUGACAGUUUUUCCUCCGUGUCUGCGCUGAGAGCCAUGGAGCCGAUGUCUGACCUCCUCAGAGAGCAGUACUCUCUGCGAUCGGAACUUGAAUACAACGCCCCCAGUCCCUCCCCCAGCCCCUCAACUCGCUCCUCCAGUCCGGUCAGAGAAAGACUAUAUGGAGAAAGAGGGGACGGCACGCAGAAACAGUAUCGAGCCUCCAUCAAUUUAACACCGAUGCCCCCUCCUCGACCUAAUGCAUCUACUGAAAGGGAGGAGGUGGACCAAGGAAGAGACGCUGAAGGAGUAGAAGAAGGAAAAGCGGGUAAAGAAGAAGCAGCUUCUGAGGAGGAAGGAGCCACAGAAGCACUCAAAGGGGAGAACUUGCAGCAGAUUAUUCGAGAGAUUCGAGAAAGCAUGGCACAAGAAAUACGACGGGAGAUCUACAGCGAACUGUUAUCAGCUGUUUCCCCGCGAGGUUCUGCCCUCUCUGCCAAGCAACAACCCCUGUAGUGACGACAGUAGAACACUACCCUCCUUUCACUUCCAGCCUGAGAAACCACAGCUUGAGCAACACCACUGUCCGUCUCCAACACUGUAACUCUGAGGAACACUGAGGAACAACACGUCUGUAACACUGUAGAGCUGUUGCACUGAGGAGGAAGCAUGUGUGUCACGUACGAGAGUCUCCUCACUCUAAUGCAUGCUGGGAACACAGUCCGGUUCCCAGUUCCCACUGAAAUAUAGUUUACUUCCCAGGUUUCCUCCUUAGAAACAGCUGUUGUCAUCAAUGUUAUCAUCAAUAUAACUACUGCUGCCAUUAUCACCACUAUUAACGACAUACUAAUUCAUAUUUUGCACCAAUCUUAAAACUUAGCUUGAGAUCAGAUUAGGAUUCGUUUGUAAAUAUUAGUAUUGUUAAUUUUUUUACAUGAAAAAACACUGCUGUCUGUAUAGUGUAUCUUAAGGAGAAAAUAAUAGCCUAAAAUAUACAAUACAAAAUGAAGAAAUACUACCAUAUGUUCAGAAUAAGAGUAUCAUAAUUAAGAGAGUAAUUUACUUAUUUAAUUUUUUUUCUCUUGUUUUUAGGGUACAGAUCUAUGGAGUUACAGCCUCCAUGUGAUACAUAUUAAAACAGAUUUAAAUUUUGCUGCUUGUGGCAGUGGAAAGUAACAUGAAAAUCAUUCAACUGUGUAUUCAAAAUGUAUUAUUUUAAAUAUUUAUUCAGUAUUAAAAAGUAAGGUUAAACAAAGCACAGUAACAAAAAUGCUGUUAGGGGAAAAGUAUUGUAAAUUAAAACUCCCAGUAUUUGUUUUUUUACUAUCAUUAUUCCACGAUAUUAUCGAAAAAACACAGAAAAUGGAAGUAAAUCGUUAUAAAAGUAACAAACACACUCAAGCCAAUUGAGACAAAUUUC